AUGGUCUCGUUCGCGUCGCCGCUGUUCUGGCAGAUCAACUACCUCGUGAAAAACCUCAACAAGAAGAACUUCAAGUCCAACGUAGCGGAACUCAACCAGCUCGUGGAACUCUAUGGCGAAGACGCGCGGAUCUUUCUGCUCAACUGCCUCGUCAAGGACAUUGACUUUCGUGGCCAGAAAGACGCACUGAAGAUCCAGUUGCUCACGCACGAGGUCGUUCAGGCGUCUUCUCGCCCCAAUUUCACCACUUUUAUCUGCGAGGCGAUCGAAGGAAACGCGUCGGACGCUGUGGAUGCUGGCGAACGCCAUGUGACGGAAGAGUUUUUGCAGCUCUUUUGCAAAGCGCUGAAGCUUAGUCUCCCUCAGCAGGUGACAGUCGGUCUGGCGUUCGCCCAGGGUGAGAACGCCAAGAGCUCUAUCGAAGCCAUCCACUUUCUGCGUGCCAAGAUCCCCGAGAUCUCGUCCUGUGGGGCCAAGCUGCCUUCGGACGUGCUCCACUCGCUCGUCUUUGUGUUGCGUAUGAAGAAGGAGUUCCGCGUAGAUGUUGCCGAGACUGACUCGUUUCUUGCCAGUAUCUCGUCGGCUCACCCGAACGACAUGGGCUCGCUGGAGAUGGCCCCACUUACGAUGGGCGACCCCGAGUAUGUGGACUGCAAUCCUGUGACGGACCCGGACGCACUCAGCAAGCUCAUAUCGGACGUGUCUUCGAGCUGCCUGUUUUACGAGCUGAUGGAAGAUGUCGGAUACUCGUGCACGACGUCAUCGCAAGCUUUCCGUACCCUCCUGGCUGAGGCUGGGCUUGCUAAGUCGCCUACGAUCCCGCCAGCACAUGUUGCGGGAAUGCUGGCGAUGCUCUCGCGAACAUUUACUGGUCUAGACGCGCAAAAUGGCGCCACACUGAUCGCGAAUUUGACGAUCGACUUUGAGGCAUCUCCGUUGGACGAGGCAGCUACUACGCCUGUACGUGAAAGCUGGGACCUUGAGGUUAUCGCAGAAGUGCUGGAGAAAGACUAUGGUUCUAUCAAGUGGACGAAGGUGGCGGAGAAGUUGGACCGAGCUGACCUUAACAUACAAAACGUUUCUCAGCUUCGUGUGCUGAUUACGGCAUUCCAGCGCUUUUCGCAAACGAAGUUCCACGUGACGACACUGCUGCGACCGUGGAAGAACAGCCGUGCGCACAUCGGUAUUCUAAGGGCAGCUGUAGAGGCACCACCGGAAGUGCUUUCAUUCGCCGAAUCGCCGCAUAAGCUCGCACCGUUUGAAGGCGCUGAUGCGUCAGCAGUCCCUAAGAAUGGCGUGUGGUUCUCACUGGAUAUAGUGGAGACGCUUUUGCAGUUGUCGUUGCAGGACUGUUACGGCGAUGUGCGUAAGCUUUUGGAUGGAGCUAUGAAGACGUGUCCUGAUGUGUUGAUAGCCAACUUGGCUCAGGCCUCGCCGCGAUGGAAUGCACUGCGUGAAGACAUGUUUUCGGAGUUAUUUAGCUCUUAUAUUAUGGGCCGUCCCAACGCACCGCUUAUCAUGCGUCAUUUGUGGUCUGUAGCGCCCAAGCUGGUGCUAUACGCGAGCGUGAAAUGCUUUUACGCUGCAACGGCACCGCACAUCGUUUCGCGACUAUUCGCGCUCUUCCGAAACACAGGCGACGCCUUUGCGUCGGCUAUCCACUCAAACUACUUCUCGUUUGCUUUGGCGCUUGCCACAAUGGGAGCCAAUCACGAUGUGUUGAACUUGGAGACGUGGCUGGUGGAACGUCUUGCGUCUCAGCGAACGGCGUUUGCGACAUCGUGCCUUGCCUUCGUGCACCGCAACUACGCUCGCGCCGUUCCGAAGAGCAGUAUCACUCCGCAAUCGAGUCAUGUUCUAUCCAUUGAGUCACUGGCGACGAUACUCAAGUGCAUCAUGGCGGUUCAGGAGGUGCUACCCGUCGCAAUAGCACAAGAACUCAAGCGCAUCAUUACUCUUUGUAUGGAAGCCCACCCCGUUAUCUCAGCAUCUACGCGUCCUUCCGGUGAAGCAGUCAUUUCGCACGCUCCGGGAGCGUUGGGGACAGCUACAUCUGCAGGAACCGCGGCAAAGGUGGGCGCUGGGGCGGCCAGUGAGUCAGCUCCAAACAGUGGAGAAACCCCGUCUUAUACGGCAGAAAUGAUUGAGGAGCAGGCGAACGCGUACUUCCAGCAGAUCUACACGUCGGAGCAGAACAUCAACGAUGUCGUGGCGAUGCUGAAACGCUUUCAAGGUUCUCGCGAAGAACGCGAACGGCAAAUCUUCUAUUGUAUGAUUCACAAUCUGUUUGACGAGUAUCGAUUUUUCCCGCGUUAUCCGGAGAUGGAGUUACGCAUUACCGGUGUCCUCUUCGGCAAACUCAUCGAGCACCAGGUGCUUCCGCCAAAUUUUCUCCAGACCGCGUUGCGUUCGGUGCUUGAAAGUCUCCGUGAGCCUGUAAAUUCUAAGUUUUUCUUCUUCGGCGCCUGCGCGCUGCAACAGUUUGUUCCGCGGCUGCGCGAAUUACCAGCGUAUUGCACAAAUCUUUCGCAGAUCCCGCAUCUGCAGCAUGCCUUGCCGGAAAUCAUGCGUCAAGUAAACCAGGUUACUCGCACAAUCGCGUUGCCAGGGCAGGAUGGGGGUGCUACUAGUGGCGUUACACUGUCUACGUUAGGUAGCACACUACCUCCAUCCGGAAGUACGUUCGAAGGAAGCGCAGUGAUGAGACUAAAUAGUAGCGCUGCGCCAUUUAGUAGUGGAUCACCGCCACUCGGCGGGUCAAGCGCGAAACCUCAAGACGAUGCAGCGUUGGGUAUUCAAAUUCCAUCGUCGAUCUUGAGUCGGUCAGCGGGUCCAUCAUUGGCCUCUCCGCUACAGAAGGCACCAGCCAGUUCACCCCCACCCCCUGCUGCUCCUGCUCCCGAGUUGAAGGUGGAUCACAUUUUCCAUGAGUCAAGUAACGUGGAUGAGGACGAAAUUGUGGAGCAGCCUGACGAAAGCGUGAAAGACCGCAUUCAUUUUAUCGUGAACAACAUGUCGAUAUCCAAUUUGGAAGCAAAAAUUCCGGAGGUGCGCAAGAUGCUAUUGCCCACCUAUCAUGCUUGGCUAGCGAACUACUUAGUGGUAAAGCGCAUCUCGACACAGCCUAAUUACCACACCGUCUACCUCAUUUUCAUCGAGAAGCUUGUGCGACCAGAGCUGGAGCAAGAGAUUCUCAAACGUACCCUUCAGAAUGCACGCAAGCUGCUUACUUCGGGAACAAUCACUACCAACUCGCAACAACGCUCGUUGCUGAAAAACGUAGGCUCUUGGCUCGGUGUCUUUACUCUUGCACGAAACAAGCCAUUACUGCAGCGUGAUUUGGAUUUGAAAGAGUUGCUGUACGUGGGAUAUGAAACGGGUCACCUCAUUGCCGUGACACCUUUCGUUGCUAAAAUACUGGAAGGCUGCAAGAAGUCGAAGAUUUUUAAGCCGCCGAACCCGUGGGUUAUGGGUCUUAUUCAUGCCAUGAGUGAGAUCUACGACGUGCCGGACCUGAAGCUGAACCUCAAAUUCGAGAUCGAAGUUCUGUUCAAGUCGUUCAAACUCAACGUGGAGGAUCAGCACAAGGCGCAGCUGUUGCACACGCGUCGCACACCGCCUUCCACAGCGAAUCCUGAUUUCAAUGUGAAGGUCUCCAAGAAUGUGGCGAUAGCGCAGCGAUCUGCCACGCCUCCUCCAGGGUCGGGCGCAAAGCUGAGUCGACCCCUGACACCGGGAAGGCAAGUGAAAAAGCCGGGCGAUGGGUUUACAACUGCUGAAAGUCCGGCUAGAAGAGAGGCUGUGAACAGUGGCCCAUUUGCUGCAGGCAACGCUGUAUCCACGGCCGCUGAGUCGACGGUUAUUCCUAACCUGGCCUCAUAUGUUGCUGUGAACCCUGAGCUGCCGCUGCGCAAUGUAAACUUACGUCGUCUUGUACCCCUCGCCGUAGACCGUGCCAUUCGCGAAGUGAUUUCCCCUGUGGUGGAGCGCAGUGUCACAAUUGCAUGUAUCACUACUCGGGAAGUGAUUUUGAAGGACUUCGCUACCGAGUAUGAUGAUACGAAGAUGCGCAAGGCGGCGCAUUUGAUGGUAGCAUCAAUGUCUGGAUCGCUGGCACUUAUCACAGCAAAGGAACCGCUUCGCAAUGCCAUCGGUACGCACCUCCGCGCGCUACUACCUGCCAGUGCUGGCGACCCGCAACAACGCGAACACGUAAUCCAGGUGUGCUCCAACGAGAACACAGACCUGGGUUGUAUGCUCAUCGAGAAAGCGUCAUCUGAGAAGGCUAUGCGCGACAUUGACGAAGCCCUUGCUGGGGCGUAUGCAUCACGCCGGCGUUACCAGCAGCAGCAAGCACAGGCUGGUAAAGCGUCAGGAAGCGAUGGCGUACAUUUUUUCGAAGGCAGCGCAAGCAGCACGGCAGUCGCUGCUUCAGCCGGUUCCCCAGGCGCCCCUAGUGGACAGUGGCCGGCAGCUCUGCCCGAAGUGUUCAAGCCGAAACCAGGCGGAAUUUCGCCCAUGCAACUCGUGGUCUACGAAGCCUUUCAGCGAAUCCCACGACCUGCUUCCAUGCCGCUUUCAUCCCGUACAGGAGCUGGUGCAUAUACUGGUGCUGCUGUAGAGAAGGAAGGAGACACUGCUGGUGUGAGCGUUACGGCGGCGUUGGAUCGUUUUGCUGGAUUGCUGGAGCGUUUUGAGUUAUUUGUGCAGAAAGUUGUUCGCCAGGCUGCUGCCGCUCAGCGCGAGCUUCCGCUGCUGCUGGCAAUUCCAGCAGAAAGCGAGGUGUUUGCAGUUCUUCGGGAGGUGCGUGGACUUGGUGGGAGUGUGCGACCAGCACUGCGUGAUGAAGCUUGUCUCAAGAUCGCGAAUCGUAUCGUGAAGUUCAUGUACGAGUUGGGCAACGGUGGUCGAGGCAAUGAGCUGUUCUUGGAAAUUCUUGUAAGCUCGUUGGAGGCGCUGACUGGCAGCUGUGAAAAGCUUCGCAAGGAGGUUGUGGGUUGGGUAUUGCGCGCACCAGUGGACGACAAGCUGAAGCUGCAUUGCGAAGUUAUCGUGGCGCUUAUCCGCUACAAAGUCGUGGAUGCAAGUGAGUUUGACGUCUACCUUGCUCGAAACAUGGAACGCAAUAGCGUGGCCAUUGAGUUUGCCGUGCACGUUGUCCGCCAGUGUCUGAUGAUGGAUCAUGUUGCGGUCGCUACUCACCUCUCGAACACGCUAGAAGCGCUAGCGCGCAUUGUAGAGCGCCACGGGGGUGCUGCAGCAAAUAAGAAUGUGCAGAUUCUUGCUGGACUAUUGGAACAAGCGCGUGUACAAAAGACGCAGACCCGUCCAGGCCUACCAGUACCGCAAAAGAGUAUGGGUGCUAUUGGGAGCGCUGCUGCGAAGGCUGCUGCGGACCGACCUCUGGUGCAGGAGCACGCUGCUUUCCGGCACACCGUGAGCAAUGCUUUGGAGCACUGGAUUGCCAUCUACAAGGAGCCCAAUGGCAACUCGAAGAUGCAUGCUCAGUACCUACAGAUGCUGAAGCAAUACGGGCUGCUUGCCGAUGACGAAAGCGUAUCACUCUUUUUCAAGUUUGGAACGGAACUGUGUGUGGAUGCGUGCCUGAAGAGCUCGUUCGCUGCUAGUGACCCUGCUGCAACUAAGACUGGCGCAAAGGUUCCACUGAACUAUGCGGUACCGGAUGCACUUACGCACUUGAUGGCGCUACUCGUGAAAUUUCUUGACCCCUCGCCCGCUGCGAAGCUCCAGGUACUCAACCACGCAGUUGGCGCGAUUGCCAAUGUGUUGGUUGCGGCACACGACCUGUCACGCAAGAAAAAGGCUACCUUCGACCAGCGCGUGUUCUUUCGCAUGUUCGUCAACCUCAUGAAGGAGCUGACGGCGCAAGAGCCAGCUCUGGACACGAUCCACCUUCAGGUUCUCAACACGUUUGCCAGUGCGUACAAUACACUGCAGCCAUCGGGAUUGCCAGGCUUCGUGUUUGCUUGGACAGAGCUCAUCUCACACCGUUGCUUCAUGCCAUUGCUGCUUCGUGCAAAACAACAGCGUGGCUGGCAGAUUCUACACCGGCUUCUGAUGAAUUUGCUCGUGUUCAUCGAGCCGUUCUUGCGCUGUGCGAGCUCGGCUGUGCCACUACCAGAUUCGAUUGCGACGCUUUACGAGGGUGUCGUGCGUAUCAUUUUGGUACUGCUUCACGACUACCCAGACUUCCUUAGCGACUUCUACACGAGCUUUUGCGACGUGCUGCCAGCCGCGUGUAUCCAGCUGCGCAAUGUAGUUCUGUCGGCGUUUUCUCGCUCAGUGCGGCUACCUGACCCGCUUACCCUGGGUCUGCAGGUUGCUCAGCUUCCAGAAGUGAGCAUGGCCCCGCGGCUAAUGCCGACUUGGGGAGCCGCUCUCACCCACAAUGGCAUCAAGGAGUAUGUCGACGCGUUCUUACACGCGACGGCAAACCGUGCGUCAGUAUUCCCGGUAGACCUCAUUUCGAAGCUAAUGCGCCCUGCUGCUCAGCUGGAGCGUGACCCGACGUCUUGCGUGUACGCGCUGCCCACGCUCAAUGCGCUUGUACUGCACCUUGGCAAAGAGGGUAUUGCAGAAAUGGCCAACGGUAGUCCUACACCUCCGAGUCCGUCACCGACGUCGUCUGGAGCUGGUAGCAAAUCUGGGGCUUCAACGACGACUAGCAAGUUCGAGCAGAGCGCGGCUAUGGAUGUGUUCCGUUAUUUGGCGGACGAGUUGGACACGGAGGGCCGCUACUGGUACUUUAGUUCGCUGGCGAACCACCUGCGUUACCCGAACAGUCACACGCACUACUUCAGCUGCGUGAUUCUGUACCUGUUCUCGUACUCGACGAACAAGAUGGUCAAGGAGCAGAUCACGCGCGUCCUUAUCGAGCGUCUCAUUGCGAACCGUCCACACCCGUGGGGUUUGCUGGUGACAUUUAUCGAGCUGAUUCGCAACAAGAGCUACAAGUUCUGGGAACAGGAUUACCUCGAGUGCUCGAGCGAGAUCAAGGAGGUAUUCGACGACGUCGCUCGCACAUGUCUCGGCUCGACCCCAGGCACAUCUAGUGCCAGUCCGUUGGCCAUGCUCGGCGGCAGUGCCAUGCCCGAUGCCUCCUCGUAG